AGCCGAGGGGGAGGCCGCCCUAGGGGUCUGCUGCCGCGCGCAAGGGAGGGUCGGCCCCGAGCCCUGGCUAGGGGCGAGCGGGCGGCCGUCGGCUAGCUGGGCAAUAGGAAACGGUUUAUUAGGAGGGAGUGGUGGAGCCGGGCCAGGCAGGAAGACGCUGGAAUAAGAAACAUUUUUGCUCCGGCCCCUUUCCCAGUCCCCGGAGGCCGCUGCGCCAGCCGCGCCGAGCGAGCCCCUCCCCGGCCCCAGCCCCGUCUGGGGCCGCGCCCGGACCCCGGACCCCGGCCGGCUGUCCAGAGCCCGUCGUGUGACCGCGGCCGCCGCCGGUGAGGGGAGGAGGCCGCCCGCUGCACGUCCGCGCCCCGCCGACCGCAAGGCAGGCCCAGAGGGAUCAUGACCUUGAACCUUCCCAGGAGAAGGCUUCUGAUGCUACUGAUGGUCUUGGGCCUGACCCAGGGUGACCCCUUGAAGCCCUCUCGGGGCCCGCUGGUGACCUGCACGUGUGAGAACCCACACUGCAGGGGGCCUACCUGCCAGGGGUCCUGGUGCACAGUCGUGCUGGUGUGGGAGGACGGACAGCUCCGGGAGCACCGGGGCUGCGGGAGCAUGCACCCAGAGGUCUGUAGGGCGCGCCCCACGGAGUUCGUCAACCACUACUGCUGCUACAGCCCCCUAUGCAACCACAACGUAUCCCUGGUGCUAGAGGCCACCCAGACUCCUCCGGAGCAGCCGCAAGGAGACAGCCAGCUGCCUCUGAUCCUGGGCCCCGUGCUGGCCUUGCUGGUGCUCGUGGCCCUGGGUGCCCCGGGCCUGUGGCAUGUCUGGCGGAGGAAGGAGAAGCAGCGGGGCCUGAACAGUGAGCUGGGCGAGUCCAGUCUCAUCCUGAAGCCAUCUGAGCAGGGGGACAGCAUGUUGGGGGACCUCCUGGACAGUGACUGUACCACGGGCAGCGGCUCAGGGCUCCCGUUCCUGGUGCAGAGGACAGUGGCUCGACAGGUCGCCCUGGUGGAGUGUGUGGGAAAGGGCCGCUAUGGCGAGGUGUGGCGGGGCCUGUGGCAUGGUGAGAGCGUAGCCGUCAAGAUCUUCUCCUCCAGAGAUGAACAGUCCUGGUUCCGGGAGACUGAGAUCUACAACACAGUGCUGCUCAGACACGACAACAUCCUAGGCUUCAUUGCCUCGGACAUGACUUCCCGCAACUCCAGCACGCAGCUGUGGCUCAUCACGCACUACCACGAGCACGGCUCGCUCUACGACUUUCUGCAGAGGCAGACGCUGGAGCCUCAGCUGGCCCUGAAGCUAGCCGUGUCCGCGGCCUGCGGCCUGGCGCACCUGCACGUGGAGAUCUUCGGCACGCAGGGCAAACCGGCCAUCGCCCACCGCGACCUCAAGAGCCGCAACGUGCUGGUCAAGAGCAACCUGCAGUGCUGCAUCGCUGACCUGGGCCUGGCUGUGAUGCACUCCCAGGGUAGCGAUUACCUGGACAUUGGCAACAACCCGCGAGUGGGCACCAAGCGGUACAUGGCCCCCGAGGUGCUGGAAGAGCAGAUCCGAACCGACUGCUUUGAAUCCUACAAGUGGACGGACAUCUGGGCCUUUGGCCUGGUGCUGUGGGAGAUCACCCGCCGGACCAUUGUCAAUGGCAUUGUGGAGGACUACAGGCCACCCUUCUAUGAUGUGGUGCCCAAUGACCCCAGCUUUGAGGACAUGAAGAAGGUGGUGUGUGUUGACCAGCAGACCCCCACGAUCCCCAACCGGCUGGCUGCAGACCCAGUCCUCUCAGGCCUGGCUCAGAUGAUGCGGGAGUGCUGGUACCCCAACCCCUCUGCCCGCCUCACUGCGCUGCGGAUCAAGAAGACACUACAGAAACUCAGCAAUGGUCUCCAGAAGCCCAAAGUUAUUCCCUAGCCAUGGGGCUGAAGCCUGACUCCCCUCUGCCUGCAGUGUCUGUGGGGUUGUUGGUGGAUGGCAGCCUGCCUGGGGAGCCGUUCUGUGAGUGUGUGUGCUGGGGAGGGGGGUGCCCCUCUAUGGGCAGCUGUGCCUGUCCGACUCGGCCCCCAGCCCAUCCAGCCAAAAAUACAGCUGGGCUGAAACCCGAUCCCCCCACUGUCUGGCCUGCUCCAGGCAGCAGGCUCUCUGACGCCUGGCUCCCUCCCUACCCCCCAUGCCCUGGACGCACCCCCUAUACCACCCCUAUGCAUCAGGACAGGAUGCAAGAGAUCCCAGAGCCACAGUGGUCAAGCCAGGGAACCGUCCUGGGCCCAGAGCCUGGACCUGCACUUUACCCCCUGCCCUCUGUCAACCCCACUGCCCCACUGGAGCUUCCAGGAUGGCACAGAGCCCUGUCCAGCUUUCAGCAGACACUCUGCCCUGCCAGGCUUCAGCCUCUGGCCCAAGCUCCAGACACCCAGGGCCCAUCAGCUUUUCUCUGUGGGUUUGUAUUUCAGCUCCAGGCCACCUUGGGCCCCUGUCUCCUAGACAUGAACCGCACCCCCCACCCCCGCCCCCCUGGCCCCGCAGAGGUGGAGCCUGAUCCUCGGCCCCUCUCCCACCCCUUCCUAGCUGACUUAUUGUGACAUGAAACCCAAGGAGUCUUGAUGUGGGUGUGGCCAGUGGAGAAGUGGCAGGUCAGAUGGGCAAGGCCCAGGACUUCCAGAAUAAACGAGAGGAUAUUGGGGCCAAGUGUGGCCGGGGAAAGGCCCAUCUGGGAGUCAGGAGACCCAGAGUCUGGUCCGGGUGCUUGCUCUCUGUGACAAAAAGGAGGCCUUCCCUGUCCCGGGACCUUUGUUUCUUCAUCUCCAUAUCGAAAGGUUUUGUCCUGAUGUCCUUUGAAGUUUUUUCAGCUCUAAAGGUCUUUGAAAUUUCA